AUGAGUAGUCAAAGCAGUUUUUACCUACCAACUAAUCCUAAAUCCAUAACAUAUGAGCUGAGAUUCAUGUCAUUUAACGAUAUUAUGUCAGAUUUGUGUAAGCAUACUUUAGUUUUUCAAGAAGAGCCUAUCAGCAAUUUUAUGAAUUGGUGUACGGCACAGAAGCUUGAAUUUCUAAAUGCAAAACUUAAAAAGAAGCACAAAGAUCAUGAGAUAAGAAUAUCACAACGAGAAUUAUACGUACUAAAGAGUGGAUAUACAGGAAUUAGCAAAGAUGAACAAAGUAUGCUUAGUGGUCAUCGAUUCGGCGGGUUUGAGCACAAACAUGAGUGA